AGUCAUCACUCAUUAAAGCAACAUUCACUGAUGAAAAGUUUGUUAUGUUUGUGCCGGGGGUAAAGUUCAAAUUUUAGCAGAUCCGCAGAAGAUAAUAUUUAAUCUCGCGUUUUAUCAAAUUUCAAACUCAAAAGCGAAGAGAGUAAUUGAUCGGUUCUGGCCGGAUUUGCAGGGUAGGUAGACGUUUAAAACCGACGAGCAGAGAUCAUCCGUACUCAGAAUGACCGGAUAUCCUGUCAGCAUGAUAGCGCUGAUUUUUCUCGCAUUGCUUGGCCAGGGGACGGCGGGUCCGACGCCCAAGCCAGCGGGAUAUUGCGAGCUGGAACCGUCCCUGGUCGAAGAAAUUCAGGGGUACAAGACGGCCGUUCAGAAGAUAAACGAAGCAGUCACUAAUGGAAAAGCGAAAGGGAAAGUCUACGAAGAGCUUGCGACUUUCGUUGAUAAGUUCGGCUUCAGAAUGUCAGGUACGAAAAACCUGGAGAACGCUAUCGACUACAUGCUGAACAAGUCAAUGGACCUAGGUCUGGACAAUGUUCACGGCGAACCAGUCACGGUUCCACAUUGGGUCAGGGGCCAUGAAGAAGCGACACUUUUGAAGCCUAGGCAGGCCAACCUGAAAUUGCUUGGCUUAGGAGGGAGUGUGAGCACACCAAAGGAUGGUAUUACAGCAAAAGUCUUGGUAGUACAGUCAUUCAAAGAACUUGAGAAUAGAGCAAACGAGGCAAAAGGGAAAAUAGUCGUCUUUGUAGAAAAAUGGGAAAGCUAUGGCAAAACAGUUACUUAUCGUGUGAACGCAGCUGUCAAGACUGCUGAAGCUGGAGGUGUAGCUUCAUUGAUCAGGUCAAUUACACCAUUUUCGAUCAGCAGCCCUCACACUGGCUGGCAAGCUUACAAGAAAGGUGUCAAACAAAUACCAACUGCUGCUAUUACUGUUGAAGAUGCUGAAAUGCUUUUGAGAAUGUCAAAGCGAGGCGAAGAAAUUGAAAUAAAUCUAAAGAUGGAGGCAAAUAUGAUGGAUCCAGUUCAGUCAAGAAAUACCGUUGUUGAAGUAACUGGACAUGAAAACAAAGAUGAAUAUGUGUUAGUUUCUGGCCAUCUUGACAGCUGGGAUGUAGGUGAUGGUGCUAUGGACGAUGGUGGUGGUGCCUUCAUUUCUUGGUAUUCUAUUGUUCUGCUGAAACAAUUAGGACUUGUACCAAAAAGGACAGUAAGAGCUGUUUUGUGGACUGGAGAAGAAGAAGGUUUGAUUGGGGCGGCUGCGUACAAAAACGCAAAUCCGGUGAAUAAUUUGGUCCUUGCUAUGGAAAGCGACGAAGGCACUUUUAGUCCCCGUGGAAUCUCAUUUAAAGGUGUUCCAAAAGCAGUGUGCAUCAUGAAGGAAGUUAUGAAAUUGAUGACACCAAUGAAUGCGACUGAUUUUACCCUUUCAAAUGAUAUUGGCUCUGAUGUAAUGGUCUGGGCGAACAGCCCAGUACCACUUGCAGCACUUGCAAAUGCAAACGAAAAAUAUUUCUGGUUCCAUCACAGCGAUGGAGAUAGAAUGACAGUUGAAAAUUCGAAGGAACUUGAUAAAUGCCUUGCACUCUGGGCUAGUGUAUCGUAUGUAGUUGCCAAUCUUUCAGUAAGACUGCCUACAGUUUAGACAUAAACUAGAAAAUGGAAAAACAUUUAUUUCAAACCAAUUGUAUAUAAUAUAAAAAUAUAAUACAUGUACAUAUACAAA